AUGGGUAUUGAUCCUUACAAAGUGACCCAGGAAGAGUUUAUGCAACAUGAAGAUGUUGGACAUGGAGGUACUGAGCAAGAACCUACUGAGCAUGAAGAAGAAGAGUUACAGUUAGUUGAGACUGAGCAACAAGGAGAUGGAAGUAAUGAGCAUGAAGAAGAAGAGACCGAGAAAGAGACUGAGCAAGAGAAAGAGAAACAUGACGUGGAAACUUCCUUCCAUGAAGAAUGUGAUGAUGUAGAUGCAAAAGCCGCAUGUGAUGAUGUAACUGCAAAAGUAAAUGAGGAAACACCUGCAAAUGUUGGUGACGGUUUGGUUAUGACUGCUCCAACUCAGCCAACUCCUGGAACUUUUGGGGACAGUUCUGCUUCAACACAGUUUGAGGACUCCAUGGUGAUAAGUGCUACAACACCGCAACUAGGAACUAACCCUUAUGAUAUGCCGAAUGUUGAAGUGAGCGAAAUGAUAGAUGAGAUCGUCAGCGACAUUAACAAAACUGAACAUGGACCUGCAGUGACGGAGAAUGCAGAACCUACCUCAACUGCUACAACACACGAUAACUUUUUUAGCCUUGGAAUAGAUAAAACUCCAAGACAUGUAGGAGAGUUACUGAAGGAAGCUGCGAAGACAAUAAGAGAAAACCAACCAGCAUUCAUGCAAGAACGUGUGCUGAGGAAUAGAAAAAUUCCAACACAAGAUCUGAAACAAUAUCAAAGAAAUUCAAAGAGGGUUAGAAGAGAUCUAAUGAAGAAGAAAUGGCCGCAGUACCAGAAGUGGAAAAAGAAAGAAUAG